GAUCGGGUGCGCUCCAGCGCAGGGGUAGCGUACACGGGUGUUCUGCGUCCCGUUGCCACGCCUGCAAUGGUUGCUUUUGCCGUGCGCAAUCCUAUUUUGGCCGCCCCAAAUACCAUUCAUUCAGUUGAGGACCCCCCUACAGAUACCAUGCGAGCUGUUGAGGCCCAUUGGGGUCGUGUUGCGCCAGAUUCCGCCGGGCCGCGGCCUUGCCAGCGCCGGCGCCUGGGGUCGCCGCGCGCGUGGCGGGUCGGGCGACGGCUUCGAUGUCGAGUGCUUUCGCACUCCGCGGGGCAGCCGAGGCGCAGCCGGCACGAGUGCUCCGUCGUCCUCCCAUCGCACGGCAGGGCGGAGCCACAGGACCAGCUCUUCAUCUUCUACGUACUGCGGGGGAGCCCCGCCAAGCUCUGCUGAAGGCCGAGAGGGCGAAGCGCCGAGCGCGCGACGCAGACGGCAGGGCCGAGGCCGCAGAGAGCGGGCUGACAUGCAUACAGCAGACGCGCCCAAGAGUUGCCACACGAAGAAGUCACCGAAGGAUGUUGACCUUGUUCGUGACGUGGGCCAACCUUGACUCCGUGAAGCUCGUCGCCCCAGAGCGCCUCGACCUCCUGCUGGCCCAUUACCUGGGCCACCUGUGCUGGGAGGGCGAGUUCGGGGAGACGGGCCCGCGGCUGCUGGCUGCGAUCCAGCACUACAGGCCCGACCCACCGAAGGCCAAGUUCGGCGGGCUGCCCCAGGAGCGAGCGGCUCUCCGAGGGUUUCGCCGCCGAGGGUUCGUGGGCUCACUCGACCCCGUCCCGAAGCCCGUGGCGUUCGCCAUGGUCGGUGCCGGCAUCCUCAGGCGGGGCCUGGAGUUUGUCGCCGCCCUCGCGAUCGCGUGGGGCGCGAUGCCCCGCCCGCCGAGCGACCUGCUGGCCAUGGUCCCCGAGGCGCUGGUGGGCCCAGGGCAAGGGGUUCACCCCCAGUGGGCCUUGUUGUUGCACCUGAGGGAGGUCGAGUCUCGCAGCGAGGCUCGAGGCUUCGACGAGGGCGUGGUCCUUCGGAGCGUGCUCUGGCAGCAGGAGGGUUCUCCCUUCCUCGCCAAGCUCCGCGCCGUGCGGCGCCUGUUGGAGCCGCCCUGGAGCUUCGCGGCCCACGCGUCCAAGGUCAAGUUCGAGCAGUGCCUCAAGCUGGUCGGCUACGCCGAGACCGCCAUCCCGUGCCAGGUGCGGCGCGGCGCGGCCUCCCACGCGGUGGCCGUGGACCGCGUCCCGCUGGCGGAGGGGCAGACCAUCCUCAGGCACUCGGGUCAGCAGUCGGUGGCCCGCUACGCCAAGGAAGUCAGGUACCUCGCGCUGUUGAACAAGGCCCGCGAGUGGGUGCCGAGUUUCGCCGAGGCCGUCGAGGCCAAGCUCCGCCACCUCCCGCGGAAAGCGUCCGUGCUGAAAGCUCCGCGGGAGCUCCGAGCGAGGAUCUAGCGGCCCUCCGCGAGAUCGCUCGCGCGGGCCGCCUCUGCCGACAGCACCGCGGAUCUCUGAUUUUGGAGCUGGGCUUCUCUUGUGGGGAGCUGGCCAAAACCGUCCCGACCAUCGCUGACCGCGGCGCCCUCUGGAUCAAUGUCAAGUACCUUGCUUCCGCUCUACUGAGGCGCCGUCUGGUGGGCUGGAUCUCCCCCCGACCGAUUUCCGCCGCUGCGCUGACCUGGCCCGCCACCCCGAGCUCCGAAGUCUCAUUUCAUUUGUGCGCGUUGCUCCGCGCUGCCCGAAGCGUGGACUUGCUUGUUAUUUGGCUUCUGCCUGCGGCUCCCUCUGAUCUGCAGGAUGUCCAGACCCGCCUUUUUUUGCAGCACGCGGGCGAGCGAUUCCAUCGUCUGUCGCCUUGCUCGCUCGGGAGUGGUGGCAUGUAUUGUCCUGUGUGCUGCGUCUUUUUUCGGCCUCGGGGGGCCGUCGUUGGCUGGGGGCACAGGCAGAUGCAAAGGCGAUGCUCGCAGGUCGGUGCCGGUUUCGCCGUUCAUCCAUUUUGGAGUGGCAAUGGCAGCUAGCCGUCAAGUGCAUUGCUGAAGGCCUCUCCAGACGGGAGAGGGAUAUUUUUUUACAUGAACGGCCAGAGGGCCAGAUGCGGGCAGUCGGGCGGAACGCCUGGACUCCUUGUGCUUCGAAGCAACAUGUCGCCUGCAGUGUCGACGUUCGAAAGAGUCGUGUAUUCUGAGUCAUUCGACGCUCCCUCUGGCCACGGCUCGGGGAGACAGGAGGCGACAUAGAUCCGUUAUCCCAACCAUGUUGUCGCAGCCUGCGUUCCGUGGCCAUGUGGGCUCCGCUCCUUUCGAUGGCGAAGGACACCCACCCGCAGCCACCCUGUCUCGCCAUCUGGCAAGGUCAAUGUGCUCGUGUAUACAUAAUUAAUAUUGGGCGGAACGCCUGGACUCCUUGUGCUUCGAAGCAACAUGUCGCCUGCAGCAUCGACGUUCGAAACAGUUGUGUAUUCUGAGUCUUCCCACGCUCCGUCUUGCCACGGCUCGGGGAGAGAGGAUGUGGCAUAAACAUCGCUCGC